UACUUUCAUUUUCCUCGUGGGACCUAGCCCACUACUAAGCACAUAAGUGCUUAAUGACUGUGUCAGUUAUAUUAGCUGCUCUCGGAAAGUAGAGACACGGUAAAGAAAUGUUUCUUUUUUAUCUGCUCAGUUGUAAAUCAACUCUGACUAAAGUUAAGCAGCAGCAAAGGGAAAGGAUAGCUGUAGGGGUAUUAGCUGCUCAGUGGCUCCUCGGGAGAAAGAUCUGGCAAUCUGCCCCGUAAAGAUUACAGCUUAGAAAACCCUAAGGAGAAGUUCUGCUCUGUCACAUGGGGUUGCUACAUGUUGGAAUCAACUCAAUGGCACCUAGCAACAACAAUGGACAGUCUGAGGAUGGAUAAUUACACCGCAGCCCCCGAUUAUGAGUAUGAUGUUCUCAUCGAGGGUGAUCUGAAGUACGACGACCUAGAACAAUGUGACAAAUAUGAUGGCAGGGCUCUCUCGCCUCAGCUGGCACCAAUGCUAUGUUCCGUGUUCGUGGUCUGUCUGCUGGGCAAUCUCUUGGUUGUGCUCAUCCUGGUAAAAUAUAAAGGACUCAGACAGGUGGAGAAUGUUUAUUUCCUAAACUUGGCCUUUUCCAAUUUGUUGUUCUCGCUGACCCUGCCGUUCAGGGCGUCCGCUGCCUUAAGCGGGAGGAUUCGCGGAGAUCCCAUGCAUACAAUUCUCAUUGGCAUCUACACCAUAGGUUUGUACAGUGAGGUGUGUUUCAACGUGCUUCUGACAGUGCACAGGUUCCUGUUGCAAAGCUCUUCAUCGAAAGCCUGUAUAGUGUUCCGCAGCAUCCUUACCAGCGUCCUGGCGUGGACAAUGUCCGUCCUGAUCAGUUUGCCUGAGUGCGUGAUUUACAGACCUCAGAUGGAAGGACUGGAAGACAAGUACUCAUUUUACAUACUUCAUCUUCUGCCAGCGAAUAAGACAUUCUGGAAGUAUGUUCUGACUUUAAAGAUGAACGUUUUGGGACUUCUGUUUCCACUGUUUAUUUUCAUAUUUUGCUACGUGCAAAUGAGAGACAGACUAACAUUCAGGAACAGCAAGAAUGGCCUUUACAAGCUUGUUUUUACCAUCAUGGCUAUUUUCCUUCUGAUGUGGGCCCCCUACAAUAUUGCAAUUUUCCUGUCUUCUUUCAAAGAACGCUUCUCCCUGGAUGACUGCAAGAGCAGCUACGGCCUGGACCAGGGUGUUCAGAUAACGGAAAUCAUUGCUGCCACCCACUGCCUCGUCAACCCUCCCCUCCAUGUGUUGUUUGACCAGAGCUUUAGGAGACACCUGUCCCACGUGCUCCACCUGAGUAAGAACACUCCAGUGCAACCCGGGAAGGAGUCUGGACAAGAUGCAUUACGGGAAAAUCACGAGUAUUCCACUGGAGUAUGAACCAGCUUCCAUUCAAGGCAGGAUAAAUAAUCAUCAACUUUUGUUCCAUCACAUUGUUUCGUGUAAUUUCUACAUGUUUGUAAAUAAAAUAAGACACGAGGAGAAAGCUGG